UUUCCCUAAUUUCGGCCAUAUUUUUCCAAUUUCCUCUAUCUCUAUCUCUCUAUCGAUAUUUUAUUUCUUCUGCGAUUUCUCUUCCAUUCCACCAGUGUUGUUGAUUGUUCUACGAUUUCUCUUCAACUCCACUUGUGCGGCUGAUGGUGGCAAACGGCGGAUGUCAAUUUUCGACUAACGGCAGAAAUUUAAAGAAUAUUCUUCGACUCUUGAAGACCAAAUCUGCUCCAAUUUCUCUUCCACUCCUCUUUUCGGAAGCCUAUCAAAACCGUUUAGAGGAAUCGCGUCAAAGUCAACUCGAUUAUGAGGAUGGUAGAUCAACCCAAGUGUCGCUCAAUUAUGUAGCUUCAAUAUGGACGCAAUUGGUUGGUGGCGCAAAGAAAGGUAGAACCUACGGUCUUGGAUCACAACAUUCCGUAGGUCGUUCUACGAUAUUGUUGUCUGGUGAUGCGAGUUAUUCGCAGAAUCACGAAGAAGUGGAAGCAUUACGAAAAGAAGUUGAAGAGUUGAAGGAGGAACGUAAAGAAGAUCACGUAAAUUUUAACAAAUUGCAGAGUAUAGUGGAGAAAUUUAUGAGGACGUCCAUUUGAUACUUUGAAUGGCGAUGAUGGCAGGGAUAAGGAGUUUUAGUUUGUUGUGGUGGUGAUGUUUGAAACAUUAUUAUUUAUUGUGGUUGGAUAUUUAGACUUGGUAAUGUUUACACUUGACUAUGAUUGUAUUAUUUAAGACUAGAUAGAACGGUGCUUGAAUGUUUAACUCUUUUUGAAUGUUUUAGUUAAAAAUAUUUAUGUUUUCUAUA